AUGGCAGUUGCACCAGGUGCUACCUCAGCAGAGACAACCGCUAUCAACCCAACAGUUGCAUCACAACAAAUCCCUAGAGAAUCAUCCUCACAUCAUCCUACCUCGCCCAAUUCCCUCGCAUCCACAGUCGCCACCCCAGGAGAUAGCGAAAAGGACAUCAUCGAAACCGAGAACCAUAUCACGAAUGAAAGUAGCAUCGACCUACCCAAAAGCAAAGAACCAUCCUCAUCCAGAGAUGUCGCCACAAAUGCAAAUACCGCGGCUCCUCCUGGGCCCUCACCUCAAGAUCCAGAGGCUUCGCGCACGAAAUUGGAAACGACUAUUAUUAUGAUAUCGCUUUGCGCGGCGGUAUUUCUAGCUGCUCUCGAUGUCUCCAUUAUUACUACAGCUCUCCCUACCAUUUCCGAACAUUUUCAUUCGAAUGCUGGAUACACUUGGAUAGGAUCGGCCUACUUACUUGCCAACGCUGCUAGUACUCCCUGCUGGGGAAAAUUCUCAGAUAUAUGGGGACGGAAACCGAUCUUGUUAAUUGCAGCGGGGGUAUUCUUCGUAGGGAGUUUAUUGGCGGCAUUGAGUGUUAGUAUUGGGAUGUUGAUUGUGGCGAGAGCGAUACAGGGAAUUGGCGGUGGAGGAGUGAUUAUUUUGGUUAAUAUUUGUGUUAGUGAUUUGUUCAGUAUGAGAAAGAGGGGAGCAUAUUUUGGAUUGAUAGGUAUGACUUGGGCCUUUGCUAGUGCCAUUGGUCCUUUGUUGGGAGGUGCAUUCACUCAGAAAGUUAGCUGGAGAUGGUGUUUUUAUAUCAAUUUACCAGUUACCGGAACAGUUGCAAUAGCACUAUUUUUCUUCCUUCAUCUCGACAAUCCAAAAACUCCAAUAUGGGAUGGAUUAAAGGCGGUGGAUUGGCUUGGAAGCUUACUUAUUAUUGGUGGUACACUCAUGGUUCUUCUCGGACUCGAAUUUGGAGGCGUCACAAAGCCAUGGGAUUCGGCUACCGUCAUCUGUCUCAUAAUUUUUGGAAUACUCGUUGCAGGACUCUUUGUGAUCAACGAAUGGAAAUUCGCUCGAUAUCCACUCAUGCCUCUUCGACUGUUUAAACAUCCUUCUAAUGUUGCAGCUUUGGGGGUCUGUUUCUGUCAUGGAUUCGUCUUCAUUUCAGCUUCUUAUUACCUUCCGCUUUAUUUUCAAGCAGUUCUUGGAGCUACUCCUCUACUUUCCGGUGUUUAUCUACUACCGUUCGCUCUUUCAUUGUCUUUGACAUCGGCGUCAACAGGUGUAUUUAUCAAGAAAACCGGCAAAUACCUUCCACCUAUUUAUUUCGGUCUCACGGUUAUGACUCUUGGAUUCGGUCUAUUUAUUAAUAUCCCACGUACCGAGAAUUGGUCCAAGAUCAUCAUUUAUCAAAUCGUCGCUGGUAUAGGUGUCGGACCAAACUUUCAAUCUCCACUUAUUGCCCUACAAAGCUUGGUUAAGAGAGCAGAUAUUGCAACAGCAACCGCCACAUUUGGAUUCACGAGGAAUUUGAGCACAAGUAUUAGUGUGGUGGUAGGAAGUGUGGUAUUUCAAAAUGAAAUGCAAAAGAGAAGUGCGGAAUUGGCUACAGCUCUAGGAAGUAGUGUUGCUUCAGAACUGAGUGGUGGAAGUGCGGGUGCUAGUGUGGAUAUUGUUAAAGGAUUACCUGCUCCUGGAAGAGAAGUUGCCAGAAAUGCGUAUUGGGAAAGUUUAAGAAUUAUGUGGAUCAUAUAUGUAGCAUUUGCAGCAUUGGGCUUAGCAAUUAGUUUUGCAGUAGGUCAACAUGUACUCAGUAAAGAACAUGAAGUUACGAAAGUAGGAUUGGAAGAACAAGAGAGAUUAAGGUUAGAAGCUAAGCGGGCGAAGAAAGGCGAAGGAUGCAGAAGCUGGAGGACAAGUUAUACAAGGGAAUAG